UGGAACGAGAGGGGGGAGGAAGAGAGGGGGAAAAACACCCGCCAGCCCCGCAUCUUCACGCCAGUCUUAGCGCUUCUCCCUCCCAGCUGGGCUGUGCCGCAUUCGCUCUUGGCUACGGAUCGGACCCGCGAAGAGGAGCAGCUGCGUCACCGCAUCGACCACCACCACCACCAUGGCUACCCCCCCGACGCCCCUGCAUGGUGAGAUUCGCCCCCCUCCCACCUCCGGGGGAGACGGGGCAAGGACUGGGUGAGGGGGGCUUCCGAGCGGGGCACCCCACAAGCUCAUCUAGUCCAGCCCCCCGCUUUGCCCAAGAUUAGAUAUUGCGGGGCAGGAGGAAGCCUUCUUGGAAAUCAGAGGCAAUGAGUUUUCUGGGUCGGGGGGUAGUUUAGGUAUUUGCCCGCCACAUUACUAUUUUUUGAGAUAGCCCGAGUUUUAGCCACCCGCUUCCUUCCAGAAGCAGAGAAAAAUUGGAGAAGUGGGGCGCUGAUGGGAGACCCCGCACAAAACCCACUCCUUUGCGCCUGCAAAAAAGGAAGCCCCGCUUGGUUCAAACGAAACUCGCUUCUCCGGGCAAAAAUGAACCGGCAGAUUUCCUUUGAAGGAGCCGGGAAUCCGGAGCUGCUGCUCCUGCUCCGGAAUCGCUCCGGAGUCGCUCCGGAGCAGACGAAAGAACUUCCGAUUUGGGUGUCGAAAACUGCGCUAACCCUGGCUGCACUGAACUGCCCCGCUCCCUCCUUUCCCUGCAAUUCCUUACAUCAGGAGGGAGGAGGAUAUGUGUGUGUGUGUGUGUGUGUGUGUGUGUGUGUGUGUGUGUUGCGGGGUGGAGUGGGGCGGCAGCGCUUGUGCUUCUGCAACUUUGAGGCACCGGGGAGCAGCUGCGAUGGGGAGACGGUCCCGCGGGGGCUGCAGGACCAUCCCCAGGAAACCUUGGCUGGGGCUGUUGGCAGUUUGUUGUGAGCCGGCAGGUGCUCCGUGUGCGAGCGAGCACCUUUUGCCCUGGCAUUUCUCAAUGUGUGGCUGUUGCUUAACUGGAGACUGCAGAGGCAGGUGUGAAGCUGUUGCCUUCCUGCUUGCUUGCUUCCUUCCUUCCUCGCCUCCCCUCCUCUUCUCUCCCCCCCCCCCGCAGAAUUCCCCCGGGAGGAGUCGCUGCAGGGGCUAAAUGUGUGGGCUCUGUGUGUGUGUGUUUGCAGUCACAUAGCAUGUUGCCCAGCUCACUGCAGUCCUGGGAAGCCUGAAGUCAUCAGCUUCUGCAGCUGCUGUUUGACUGACAGCACGGGGAGGACCAGGAUGCUGCCCAGCGGCCUCUGUGCAUCAAGGGGGUUGGAUGCUUGGAUGGAAUGUGCAACUUUGCAGAAGCAGGGAUGCUGCGGUUGUUUUGAUGGCGGGGGUUGGCAGCGGGGUGGGAGAGGGAGAGUUUGUGCAGAGCUCUGAAUGCCCAGUCAGUUGUGCUUGUGUGCUGCGUACACAGUGUACAUGCCCUGUUUACUUUUCCCGGCUUCGACAGUGUUGAGAGUUGCUUGUGGUGCAGAGGAGUGUGUGUGUCUGUGAGUGAGUGAGUGAGUGAGUGAGUGAGAGAUUGAUUCUUUGCAGAAAUUGUUCUAGAUGAUAUCACUCACAUCUAUGAUGCUUCGUAUCAUGUCAGACUGUUUGUCCACCCAGUCCAGUAAACUGACCAGCAGCAGAUCUCAAAGAUCUAAGACAGAGGGUCCCCUGCCCCACUGUCUGACCCUUUUAAACUGGUAAUAUUGGAAUCUGAACUCAGGACCUUCUGAAUGCAAAGCAUUGGCUCCCUGCCUGAACUUUGGCCCCUCCAGCCACACACGCUAAGAAUCCCCUCCUAGGACACAAUGCCAAACCGUGGUUAGAGAACCUUUGCCAUAGUUUCCCGUGAAACCCACACAGAGAAACUGUGUUGCAUGGACCAGAAUCAGAAACCAUGGUUUGUAAUGGGUUUUCAAACUACGAUUUGCAGUAAUGGAUCUGAAUGGAUGAAUUGCAGUUACAGUUGCUGUUCCACCUCCAAGGGCUGGUACACCCAGAAAAGAGAGUGCUGAGCAGACAGAAAAAGGAAAGCAAGCGAGCCACUCUGAACCACGGUUUGCCUGCUGCACGUUUGAAAACACAAGCUGGUUGGGGAUCUAAACGAUGGCUGGUGCAAACCAUGGUUUGGCAUGAAGUCUGAAGAGACACAGCCUUCUUGACAUCUCACUCUCCCUAAUUUACAUCUAUUACAUUAAUGUGCCUGGAUAGCUCAUUUAAAUGGAGUAUCUCCUCUAUAUAAAAGUUGUCUCAGUUAGGAUGCGAUUGUAGACAGGAGCAAAAACAGAUGCUGUAUCCUCUUGGCUUAUUUGUAUAAAUGAUGUUGUCCUGGGUGUGUUAGGGUGAAUGCUUGAGCUGAUUCUAUGAAUGCCAUGUUACCAUUGUGUGUGUGAAGUUUCAGGCUAGGUGCAGAUGGUGUGAUUGUGUGUGUAUGCUGUACCAUCUGCUAGUUUUGUGUGUGUGCAUGAAUGGCAUUUUCUCCUGGGUGUGUAUGUUGUAUUGAGUGGGUGUUUGCAAGAGGGCGAGAUCUGCGAUUCUGUGCAUUUGAGUGCAUGGCCAUGGUAUCUAGUUUGUCCCGUACAUUUGGGGCCUGGUAGUGAUGGAUGUUCCUAGUUCCCAUGAGGAAUCAGGAAAGCACUUGGCAGGUAAACAUACAUAGGAGUUAGGUGCUAAGGAUGAGACAACAAUUGACAAUAGGGGCAUGAAUACAUUCCACCUCCCCAGGAAACACCCCACACCAAACACUCCAUAUGUCUGCCAGCCAUGCUGUCACCUAGUGGUCACACAUAUGGUAUUACAUGUGCUGUGUGUGUACAUGCAUAAGGUUCUUCUACUCAAUUGAGUAGGGGGUAGUAAUAAUAAUAAUAACAACAAAUAUUUUCUGGGUUGCCCCAGCCACCCCGGGCAGCUUCCAACACAUAGAAAAAUAUAAUAAAACCUUAAACCUUCACAACCUCCCUAUACAGGGCUGCCUUCAGGUGUCUUCUAAAUGUUGUAUAGGGUUGGAGCACCCUUAAGGAAACCUACAAGCCCCACUGCUGACUUCCUCCAAUUUCAGCUAAAUCAUACCCCCUCAAUAUAUUUCUAAAAACAGAAGCUGAAAUGGCCGUCGAAAAGGCUAAGGGGGACAGACUCUCUCCCUGCAAUUGAAGCACUGCCUAUUUUUGGAUGAUAUGCCUGGAUUUCUGGUUCUCCAGUUUUAGGACUCCCUUCCCUGAUUCUUUUCAUUACCAAUCCUCUUGGUUUUAAAACAAGAAAAUGUUACCAGUACGUAUCUUGUUUUAUUGGUCUUAAGGCUUGCAACUGGAUCAAUGCAGUAGGCAGAGUCUAUGGGGAAUAGUUACUUCCAUCCUCUGCAAAAAACAACAACCCCCUGUAUAUACAUUCCGCCCCCUGCAAAUGUGAAUAGUUAUUCUGGAAUAUUUUACGGGCUGUGUUUUAAAUAUUAAAUUAUGGUUUGUGCUGAGUAUUAUCUGGCUCCCUAAUCAAAUCUAAGCUCUUUUCAUUUGCUUGAUCCAGUUUGUAGCUGUCAAGGCUGUUGCAGCUGUGGACAUGCGCGGUUCGUAGUGAUGUUGAAUGCUCAGCCAUUGGGGUGACAGGCUGGUGGGGUCAAGAGCACAGUAUCUCUCCUUCUCCUUCUCCAUUUAACAUGGGGGGAUGUGCAUAGAGCUAACUUAGAAUGUGUAGAUUGUUGCUGGAGGGUCUCUGUAGCCCUUGGGGAAGGACCGUAUCUAAGUGGUAGAGGAUCUGCUUCAAAUGCAGGAGGUUCCAGUUUCAGUCCCCAGUAUUUCCAGGUACAAGAGAUUCCCUGAUUGAAAUCCUGGAGAGAUGCUGCCAGUCAGUGUAGACCAGGGGUAGGCAACCUAAGGCCCGUGGGCUGGAUGUGGCCCAAUCGCCUUCUCAAUCCAGCCCAAGGAUGGUCCGGGAAUCAGCGUGUUUUUACAUGAGUAGAAUGUGUCCUUUGAUUUAAAAUGCAUCUCUGGGUUAUUUGUGGGGUCUGCCUGGUGUUUUUACAUAAGUAGAAUGUGUGCUUUUAUUUAAAAUGCAUGUCUGGGUUAUUUAUGGGGCAUAGGAAUUUGUUCAUUCCCCCCCCCCAAUAUAGUCCGGCCCACCACAUGGUCUGGGGGAUGGUGGACCGGCCCACGGCUGAAAAAGGUUGCUGACCCCUGAGCUAGACAGACCAGUGGCCUCACUCUGCAGAAGGCAGCUUCCUAUUCCCCUCCCCCUCCAUGUGAACCAACAACUAGGGUACCUGCAGUUUCAUAAAUGGGAUGUUCGCCAGGUACGAAGCAAGGGAACAAGCCUCUGUUACACAUAAUGCUCAAAAUGUGUGUGACCAUCUCCCGUUUGAAGUGUGGUUGUAAUACACUCGGGAAAUAUGACCCUGUGGCAGGAUAUAUUGGUGAAUAAGGUAUUGCUUGGGAGGGACUUUUGGACCAGCCACCAGUCUGCAGGCAUUCUAGGAAAGGUGUACGUCUGUUUACUAGGGAAGGCGAGCGUACAGGGUGUGCUUUUGUGUGUGUUCGUGCAUGCAUGCAUGCAUCCAGCAGUCUGCAACAGUUCCCCUCCUCCUCAUCGUGAUGGAACUGCCCUCUCUGCCCAGGCCAAGGUGAUGUGCUUUCCUGCACGCAGGCUGGGAAGUUGGAGGGAGUCAGGAAAGGUUAUUGUUUGCUAUAUGCAUCGAUCCCAGCCACAGAAGGUUAUGCGCCUGCUUAGUAACUCAGCUGCUCAGGGCCAUUUGCAGUGGCAAACUUAAGUUUGUGUAGUCCGCAGCAGUCAACAGGGAGAGCCAGACAAUCGCAGCUCCUUGCCAAGCGUGCUUGCAUGAUGCGAAAUUUUGUUGCAUUCAGUGCUGGAUUUAUGUAUAUGCUAAACAAGCUAUAGCCCAAAAAAAAAUUAAAGAAAAAACAACUGGAUGUACAUUUCCAAAAUAUGAGAUAAAAAACAAGUAAAAUAAAACCUACAUACAGCAACAGUGUUUUGUGUAGGCUCCUAGCUUGGUUUGCUCAUUUCUAUAUCAAUUACUUUGAUAAAAUACAUAUUUUGUUAUGUGCAAAUACCUUUAGAUACCUAUUAGGUCCAUAAAUCACCAUAUAGCAUAUAUGCAACACAAGAAACAGCGACAAUUUGUUGUUGACAAAGGACAGCUGGACAUAUAAAGGGCCCCAUUACCUUCAGUAGCUCAGGGCGUCAUCAAACCUAAAUCCAGCCCUGGUUGCAUUCAUUCUUUAGAUAUUUAGGUGUACGCUUAAAGCAAUUUGCUCAGGGCUAAAAUAAAUGUACCGGGCACAGUAGUCCCUAAACGGCUUGUGAUAAGCACCUACCAGAUUCCUGAAUGUGAGCACUGGCUGUUAGUUACUUACCUGCACAUCUGUUUGCAUUUUUCAUGUAUGCCCUGCGAGAAGUGUGGUUGCUGUUUGUCUAUUGGUAAAGUCCUCUCCCCACUCCCCACCCCAAACCAGUGAGUUAAAUAAAUACUGUAUCCCCUUUUGGAACUCUUGCAUUCCCAGGCUACCUAUCCUUUGAAAAUCACUUGUGUAACGUUUGAGAAAGCCUUUCCCCUCUCAGCCUCUAGGAGGAAGCUUCCCUUGGCAAGUUUGGACAGCUGCAAAACCGUACAGCCAUAGAUUUACCCACAUAUUUGUUUGUUUGUUUGAUAGAUGAUAGAUAGAUAGAUAUAGAUAGAUAGAUAUACUUCCCUUCAUCGAAAGAUCUCAGGGCAGCUCACAAGAUAACAAUACAAGAUAAGAGCACAAAGAAAUAGUUAAAACAGAAGCAACGAAACAACUUAGCCAGAUGGGUGGGGAAUAAAUAAUAUAAUCGUCAUCAUCAUCAUCUUUAUUAAUAACCCCACCUUGCUCAAAAACAUUUAAAAGGCUGCAGAAUAUUACUCAGCCAAAGGCCUGGUUGAAGAGGAAUGUUUUCGCCUGGUGCCUUAAAAUAUACGGUAUAUAAUGAAGAUGCCUCAUCAACCUCCCUGGGGAGAGCAUUCCACAAACGGGGAGCCGCUGCAGAAAAGGCCAAUUCUUGUGUUGUUGCCAGCCUCAGAACCUCUCAUAGAGGAGGUACACGAAAAAGGGCCUCAGAUGUACUAGGGAAAACAGGUAGGAAGUAAAUUCCAUGUGAAUUCAGAUACCCACGGGUGCACUAACCUCCUUGGUUUUUAACCCAAGUUACUGAAUGUGGAAACAUUUAGGCUGCAUUCCUGGGCCCACUUACCUGGGAGUUGAACUCAGUGGGGUUUAUUUCUGAUUAUAGGCUUGGAAUGUGUAGGGCUGAACUGCUAGGUUUGUUUCUGCGGUCAGCAAUAGCCACUGAACACAUAAUUUGAAUUUGGGUGGAUGGAGGGCAUUCUUAGCCACCUUGAUUUUGUGGUCAAACAGAGUGGUUUAAAGGAUAUUAAGGAUUUCAGAAAAUUGUGGUAGUUGAUCAUGAGGACAUGUCUUGUGACACCAACAGAGACUUCCUCUGAUAUUUCUGCUGCUAUUUUUCACCAGCAGAGAAACCUAAGAGCUGUCACUUAUGUGUAGUGCUGGAUGUUUGCAUAUUCAUGAGAAGCGGUUGCUAUUUGUGACCGAUGGGGAAUUAUUUGAGGUGAAAAGCUCCAUUGUUUGCUGAAAGGUUCCUGACAAAUAGAGGGACCUUUUGGACAAGUGCGCAAUUUUUUAAAUGUGUGACAGAACUCUUCAAUUUGCCUGCUGAAGAGUUCUGUGUCACCUUGAAGCAUGAGUCCUCCUAUGCCACUAGAGCCCAAUCCCCCCAAAUCUGUUCCUUAGCUGAUCCUCUCCAGAACCUAUCCAGUAACAACUGGCUGUCUUGCUCAUACCAUGAUAAAUGAGACAGUUCCUCCAUCAAAGCUCUUGCCUGCCUAUCCACAAUUUUAAGGAGAUACUACUUUGCAGAAUAUUGGUGACUCAUAAUUAAUGUAUUACUUCUCAUUUGAAGUAUUUUACAGUCCUUAUCUCACUGAGCCUCAUAAGAAGCCUGUAGGCUCCUGCUUUAUUACUUCCACGUCAGAGCUGGAGAAGUCAAGUUAAACCAUAGUGAGUUGUCUAGGACCACCCUCUGAGCCCAUUGACGACUUCGCAUUAGAGUAACAGAUGAAAUGAAAUUCACACAAAUUUGGAAUUCAUUAACACCUCUGUAUUCAGAUUUGAUUUUUUUAAAAAGUUCAGACGAUCCAGUUUUGCUUCUGAAAUUCAAAUGAUUAUGGCAUUUAAAAAACAUGAGCUAAUUUUUGUAGGUGAGUUUUAAGGCAAUAUUAAGUAUUCUUGCUAAAGUCAACAUCUCUGCACCUUAAAAACUAAGUAUCCAACAGUCUCCAUAGCUGGGUGUAGUGAAAAACAAUCCGAUGGGCAGGUUUUAUAAACAAAUUCAGAUUAGAAUCUGCUGGAGACUAAAGUCCUCUCUGACAUUUGUUUCUGCUCUACAACGAACCUUUAAACAGUAUUUGCAAUAGCAACAAUAAUAAGACUCAUCAUCGUCACCCAAAGCUAGUUCCUAUGCACAGGAUAGACUUGUGAUCAGAGCUUAAUUUUUAAAGAGGGGCCAGACUAAAAUAUGGACUACACAUGUAAACUGGUUUCAAGCCUGCUUAGCUGUCAUGAUUACCAACCAAUAACUCUGGAACUAUAAUGUGAAGAUGCGCUGGGGCCCCUAAAAGGGGGUUCUUUGCACACUCACAAAACUGCAAUUCCCAGAAUCCUUGGGGGAAGCUACAUUAGUUACUGCUCAGUUUAGAUUUGUAGUGUACAAAUUGUGUCUGAAAUCAUACCACGACCCCGCCAACUUGGAACUCUUCUACUUAAGCCUAGGUGGCAGGCUGAGUCACUGAUGAGGGAAAGGCACUCUGCACAUGCUUAGGGCCACUGAUCUUAAUUGCGUUUCUAGGGCCGAGCUCUGGCAUUCUGAGAACAGGCUCUGUGACUUAAUUACUGGAGCCGUCUAGCCCAGAAUGAAACUGCUUGUGGUCAACGCACCACUAAUGCUUAUCCUAUCAGAGCAGAUAUUGUUGCCUAUUAAGAGUUCCUGCCUCAGGCAGUUUUCAGAUGCAGAAUUACCUUUCCAAAUGCUCACAGUCCUUAACCUACCACCGGCAUUAUCCUGGACCCCUGCCCAACAAGAAUCUGCCAGCCAAAGAAAUGCUGUUUUACUUCAAGGACUUCUGAGGGGCUGGCCUGGAGCCACAAACACCCCACCUCCACCUUCCAACCUCGAAUCCCAAAUUCUGAACAGGGUCAGCACUUUAAACAGAAUUCCUAGGCAUCUUCAGCACUGCAGAGCACCAGCCUCAUAGGCUGCUUUGAUUUUGGUGGGCAGGCGAGGACAUCCACGGUCUGAUUGUGGCAGGAGGUGUUGUGGGGAGAAGGAGAGAGAGAGAAAGAAAUGCUUCUCCAUUUAAUAAGCAUCUCUGGGAAGCGCCUCUCCCUUUAUCUAUGCGGCUGCCCUGGUUAUUGCUGUCUGCAGGGUGUUUCCCUGGCCGGCUUCCAGAACUUUCUGGGAAACCUGCUGACUCAGCGGUGGGGGAGCUUGACCCACACGCCAGCCUCCUGUCUGGCCCCCUGGAUUCCUGGACAGGCCGCAGGGGCUACAGGAGGGGCAGAGGGAAGCAGGAAGGGUGAGAGAUGGGACUUUUGGGAGCGCAAGAGGGGAUCUGAGGACACGGGUGGUCGUUUUCAUUCGCCAGCCCUCCACUGGCAGGGCAGUUGUGGGUUUAAAAAAACGAGGGGUGCUUGUUUCGUGGUGGGGAGCAGGAGGAGCCCCAGCCAGGAAAGUUUCCUGUCGACAGCUGGCAAGGCGCCAGCUGCGUGGCUCCCCAAGCGAGCAUCCUGUCUCCUCAGCUGCCCCCUCCUAGCCCUGGCAGCGGAUUAAGACACUGCGCCCGGCUAUGCGGUGUCCUGUCUCCAUGGCAACUCCCCAUCCCCUGCAUUGGAGUUUGCAUUAUUCAUCCGCAGUCCCUGCGCUGCAGCAGCAACCGCCCUCAAUCUUGCAUCAAGCACUUUGGAGCCCUCUCCCUACCUAUAUUCUGCAGAUAGGUUUGGGCGGGGGGGGGAGGGGGGAGAGAGAAGGAAUCACUUAUGCAGGUGACCGGGACGGGUAGGGUGGGUUUGUUUAAUAAGAGGUAGGGGCACUUGAAGCAGGCCUUUGCUCCCAACCCAGAAUGAUGGAGCAGAGAUCUGCUCUUAGAGGAGGGGCAUAGGUGGCGAUUUGACUUAGGGGGGCAGUGGGAGGGGGCACUUUUGAGAAUGGGAGAAGGGAGCAAGUGAAAACCGGUGUGCGUGUGUCUUGUUAACUCUCGAUUUUAACGUCACUUCCAGCCGUAGCAGAGAAAGCUGCCUGCUGCCUGAAGUAUAAAUAUAUAUCGGGAGAAGUUGCAGCAGCUGGUAUUUUCUCUUUUUGUGUUGCUCCUAAAAGACAUAGCAGCUCCAUUUGGAAAUCUGGGGCAUAUCAGGUUUUGCACCAAAAGGGAUGGAUAGAGGGAGAGGUUGAUGGUGCAGAGAAUUGGGGAGGGUUUUUUUUCGGGGGGGGGGUGUUUGUGGUCAAAUGACAUUCUGUGUGUGGGGUGAGUGGCCUUUACAAAAAGGUGGAAGAACUGUCAGAGUGGGCAGGUGUGUAUAUUUGUGUAGCUGGGUUAUCUUUGGCUAUGCAGAUGAUUUAAAAAAAAAUGUAUUAAUUUAUCCCACUUUUCCCUCGAAGGAGCUCAAGAUGGCCCAGGUGCUUCUUUUCCCUCCCUGUUCCAUCCUCACAACAACCCUGUGAGGUAGGCUGGGCUGAGAGACAGUGACUCGCUAAAGCUCACCCAGGGAGCUUCAUGGCUGAAUAGGGCUUUGAAUCCCAAUUUCCCAGAUCCUAGUCCAACACUCUAACCAUUGCACCACACCGUCUUCCCAAGGAUUUUCUCAAGUUGAGGGGUGUUUGGCUCAUGUAUGGGUUACAAGAAGCUGGAGAAUAUAGGAGAUCUGAAUUUAUCUGCCUUUCCUGAAAAUAUGGCUGAAAUUAUAUCAAGCGGCCAAGACACCGUUGGUGGUGAGGAGAAUGAACACCGUCUCAAUGUGAUGUGUCUAGACCUCUGUCUCUGUCUAGACCUCUGACCUCUUUCACUGAAGCCUAGAUGGAUGGCUGUGUGUGAUUAGUUACUGGUGAGGGAAAGGCACUCUGUAUACGCCCACAGUCACUCUUGAUGGUGUUCCUUGUUCUAUGGCCCUGGCAUUCUGAAAAUGGCCUCUGUGGCCAAUCGCUGGGGCAGCUUAGAUUUGCCCUCUAUGUGGAAUGUGAUCCACCCCCCCCAUAAGUCAGAAACGUGGCAAUAUUUCAAGUUGCAAGGAGCUGUCAACGAUGUUCCUCACAGGCAGAGAGGUCUCCCCCAUCACCUGCUGGUAAAUCCUUUUAACUGGCAAUACCAGGGAUUGAACCUGUGGCCUUCUGCAUUCAAUGCAGGUGCCCUGCCACCGAGUUAAAAGGAUCCACCAUUGCCUGUAAGCACCCCAGACUCCCUGAUGAGUCAGUGUCACUCUGUCCUGUCUUGACAGUACUGUUUGAAUCAUUAUCAGGGCACGUCUACACUGCAAAAUUAAAACCAAUUUGAAACUGGUUUUACUCUCCAAGUCUCUUCUGAAGGAUCAUGGGAACUGGCAUUUUUGGAAGGUACUGGGAAGUUUGCGUUAAGAGAGACCAGACCCUUCGCCAGAACAAGAGUUCACAGAGUUCCUUAGUCGGGAACUUCAGCCACUAAAGAGGUUUAGAAACUGGUUUGAGUGUAUAGGCUCUGCAUACCCAGAACACCAAAGGGCAGGAACCUAUAAGGGCCUUCAUGAUCCACUGAAAGUGUGAUUAGAUUAGAUGGCAGGUUGCAGUACUGUUCGACUCCCAUCUUUUCCUUCUUCACGGGACCACUUGCACAACAAGCAAAACGCUUUCUGUACCACUCAAGAAAAAGGUACUCUUUUGCAAGAUUUAUUUCCCUCCAAUUGCACACCUUUUGGGGGAAUGCACAAGACCAGAACCACAUUUCCAGAUCAGAGGCAGCAUCCAGAAUUGCAUUGUUAAAAGAUGCUACCCAAUGUGGUCCAAGACCAUUGUUUGGAGAACUAGGGCCUGCCCUUCCAUUAGAUGCCAUGAUAUAGUCUGAAGGAACGUGGGACCACCGUCUUACUGAAGCUAGACAGGUCCAAGUCUGAUCCAUUUCUGGAAGGGUGAUGCCUUGGGUUCAAUGACGGAAGAAACACAAUACAUCAUUAUAAGGAAAUAAACACAAAUAAAUAAAAUUAGGAAGAUUAAGGCAGUUGCCUCAAAUUGUAGGCAAUACUAAAGGAUGUCAAACCGCCAGCUAUUCACAUUUUUUUUUACCAUGGGGUGGGGACACCAUUUGAAUUUUCCAAUCAGGUAUCAAAACAUCUUAGGAUCAGAAGCAAAACACUCCCAACCAGAGUUGCUAUAUAUACAUGCAGAGGCAGGCACUUAAUGGUCAAUUUUUAGAAAAAAUGUGUUCUUCAUUCUACAAUGGCAGAAAUCCCAUCCUGGCCUGGAAGCAAGUGAUAGGUGUCAAUUCAUACCUGUUAUCUUUAAAAGGUUGAAAGCAGCUCCAGUCGCUGUACCUCUCAACCCACUGCCCAUUGGUCCCACUACCUCCCCUCCUUUCCCACUUACUGCAUCAAGGACAACUUACAGCUUUGCUGAAUAACAGGUAGGGUAGAAGAGCUUAGUGAGUGGAGGACCAUGGUCAAAAACCCAGCUGUUAUAGCAUCACUCAUUGCUUUAGAUCUUAUGAAGUUAGAAGAACGAUACCUGGCAAUCCUAUUUGAGCCCACUCAUGCUACGCUCGAAUCCUGUCUUGAGCUACACAAGGCAGUAAAGCAGGUUAGUUGUUAACACCACUAGGAAGCAAUUUGCUCCAACAGCACCAAGGAGAGCUCCCAGUGACAAGGUGCGGAAGGGGCCCUUUGAGCUUCUUUCUCCAGUCCACUCCUUUUGAAGAACAGGGGUGGGACACCUCUGGCCAAAGGAGCAAAUGCACUCCUCCAAGCCUCUUUCUCUGGUCCUUGGGACUCUCCCCAUGCCACACCCUCUCUCCAGGACACACCCCUCACCAGCCCUACUUUGCAGCUUCCUUGGAUGCUUUUGCCUGUCUGGAAUUUGUCCUUAAACUCUGAUCCUGCCUCUUUCUUGCCUGGAUGAAAGAGAAGAGUGUGUGCAUGUGCGUAUAGGAGGUAGUCUGCUAUACCAAGGUAACAUGUACAUUCAUGGCUCCACCCACGUUUGCCUCUGGCCCCUCCUACCACCGUCCCAGAAGGCAAUGAGACCUUUGGCCUGAAAAAUGUUCCCAAGCCCUGAACUAGGGUGAGGUAGUGUGGGAGUCAGUUUGUUCCUCAAGCUCAGGGCAAAUUGCUCUUGAGAAUCCUAGUUCUGGUUCUACGACACCUGAUUUAGAUGUAGCGAUGACCACCAAGCUUGAUGGUUUUCAAAGAGGGUUAGACAAAUUCAUGGAUGGUGAGGCCAUCACUAUCUACUAGACAUUCUGGCUAUGUUUUGCCUUUACUGCUGGAGGCAGCAUGCUGGGAAUCACAAGUGGGGAGGGGGCUACCUUUAAAGCCCUAUACGGCCUAGGACCAUUGUACCUACGGGACCGCCUCUCCUGGUGUGCCCCACAGAGGAACCUACAGUCUGCAAAUAAAAACAUCCUGAAGGUCCCAGGCCUCAGAGAGGUUAGGCUGGCCUCAACUAGAGCCAGGACUUUCUCGGCUGCGGCUCCAAUCUGGUGAAACGCUCUGUCACAAGAGACUAGGGCCCUGUGGGACCUGACAUCUUUCUGCAGGGCCUGCAAGACAGAGCUGUUCCACCAGGCCUUUGGUCAGGGCACAGCCUGACUCCCUCCUUUGGCAAUCUUCACAGAUCUUUAGCUUAAUGGUUGCCAUCAAUUUGAUUUUAAUUAAUUUUUAUAAUGAAAUGUUUUUAGAAUGUUGCACUACUUUAUUGUUGUUAGCCGCCCUGAGCCCGGCUUCGGCUGGGGAGGGCGGGAUAUAAAUAAAAUUUAUUAUUAUUAUUAUUAUUAUUAUUACUACUACUACUACUACUACUACAUUCAUAUCCUGCUUGGGGGCUUCCACAGGCAUCUGGUUGGCCACUGUGAGAACAGGAUGUUGGACUAAAUGGGCCUUUGGCCUGACCCAGCAGGUCUCUUCUUAUGUGGGCUCCUGCCUGGUAGCUUUGGGUUUCAGCACCUUCUUAAGCACCAGCCAGGAACCUGGUGCAGCUCCUUGGGCAGUGAUGCUGUAGCCUCCAACUCAGUGUCCUGGUCACUGCUAGACUCACUUCAUGGCACAUCCUGUGUCAAACGGUUUGAAGGGAACCAGUGACUUCAGAUUCACCAGAUUGUGUUCCCUAAACUGAGAAAUGUAGAAGGCUUAGAGGAUGCUUAGAAGAAGAUAGGCAAUAACUUUUAGCAUCUCUCUUAAAUAAGAACAGGACAGCAACAGGAAAUGCAUGGCAAUACCCAGGCACAACUAAGCCCAGUGCCACCUAGUGACUAAUGAGUAUAAUGACACUAUCCACAUAGUGGAUGCAGGAAUGAACUACACAACAUUUAUUUAAGCCAUUGUUUUUAGUGAACCCUAUUGGGUACGACAUUACCCAAGACAAUGAUUUACCAGACAAUGAAAUGAAAUGCACAAUAGGCCUGGUUGCUCACUGUACUCUCACACUCUGUUUUCUCCCCAGAUAACAGCAGCCACAUGGACCCCUUCACCUAUGGUGAGUAAUGUUGUAAAAUGCAGCACAGUCGCUGGGUGUGAGGGUUGUGUCAUACCCAAAGUAGACCCACUGAAAUUACUGAGCAUGGCUAACUUGGCUCCACUAUUCUCAAUGGGAUCUGCUCUGAGAAGAAUUUACCUGGAGAUCCUUUUGCCCCACACGAGAAGGAAGAGAUAUUGUAGGGAGUUGGCUGCCCCUCGGGAAUCCCUUCCAACUCUAGGUGGGGAUGUUAAGAUGUUGGGGUGCAAGGGUGGCGGUGCCUGGGUUUUACAGGGAGAGGUGGGGCAUGUCUUUGGGUGGCAGAUACGGCAUCUAAGGCAUCUUGGUUUGGGUGCUUGGGUGACCAUGAACAUCGUACAUUCUGACCAGCUCCAUUACCCUUCCAGACUAUGAUACGCUGCGCACAGUGGGACUGGUCUUGGCCAUCGUCAUGUUUGUGCUGGGAAUCUUGAUAGCACUGAGUGAGUCACUUCUUUUUUUAUUGAUGUAUGCUUCCUUUAUGCCUCUCUUGGCUCCUACACUGGCCUCCCUGUCUGGUUCCCUCAGCUCUCAGUUCUGAUAUUUUACUUGGGUCCAAUAUCUGCCCUAUUCUGAAGACAAACUACCCAAAUGCAGAUACCUGUAUCAGCCAACGGAAUCAGCAGCUACUGAAGAAUCUAGCCUUCCUUCCUGUCUACAAGGUUCUAGAAGUAACAUCUCAGGAAACUUUUGAUGCCAGAGGUGCCAGGGGAUUAGGAGCCCACAAUAGCUCUCUGCUCAUCCCCUCCAGUGACUAGUAGAAGCAACAUAUAUGAGAUGCCACAGUGAUGCAGUGGCUAGCAUGUUGAACUUUGACCAACAUCCAUAUCCCUGUUCAGCCACAAAGCUCAUUGGUUGAUUUUGGACCAGUCAUGGGAAGGUAUUUUAUAUCAAGUCAAGACUCCUAUGCAUUCCAGUCCAGGGUUGUUUCCCUUGGUUGGAAGCAGCUCUCCAGAAACUCAUGGAGAUGUCUUUCCCAUCUCCUAUUACUUGAUCUUUUAAAGUAGAUAUGCUGGAGAUUGAAUGUUGGGACCUUCAGUCAUCAAGGCAUGAGCUGUUCCACUGAACCAAUGGUGUUGGUCCUUGUCAUGGCCCUUCCCUCAGCUUAACAUAACUCACAGGGUUGUUGUUGUUGUUGUUGUUGUUGUUGUUGUGUGGUGAAUCCCCAGCAAUACUCUAAGCUUCAUGGAAGAAGGGUGGGGCACACAUGAUAGGUAGAUAAAAGAAUGUAACAUAAGCAAAUUUAGUCAUAUUCUGCAUCGUGCUUAUACAUAGCAACAUAAGAAGAGCUUUGCUGGGUCAGACCAAAGGUCCAACAUCCUGUUCUCACAAUGGCCAACCAUUUGCCUAUGAGAAGCCUGCUUUCGGGACACGAAAACAAAGAAUUCUGCUUAUUAUUUUCAUCCCAGAGCAUAGAUAACCUUAUCCAUUGUGAGAUACAGAAAUGCAAGAUACAGCUGCAUGUGAUGGGCCUGGAGCAGUGACUUCUCAACUUCCAGGGCAAAUAGCAGCUUCAGGGGGGUUUCAUUGGAAGGGAAAGGGUUAACCAAGGGAUCUCCCUAGGUAUAUGUGGAAGGUGCAUGUAUACAUUUGUCACUGAGGCCAUCCAGAGGAGCUCUGUUAGUUACAGACCCCUGACUGGCCUUAGCUAGAUGACAGUCAUUUAGUUUCUCUUCUAGCAGUGAUUGAGGAAGACCGUUUUAGGCUGACAGGCCUUUGCAGCCAUUAAAAACAUUAUUGAUUAGCCAAUCACCUUAAUGAUUAUUUUGUACUGUAUUUAAAUAGCGUUUUAAGUUUUAUUGUCAAGCAAUAACCUUAUAUUUUAUGACACAGCUGUAAUCUUUUCAUAAACAAACAAAAUAUGAAAAGGAAAAUACUUUUUAAUAGCAGCCUGUUAAGGACCUGUCUGACCUUUCAGGACUGUGCUGAAUAUUGAGGUGGCAGUUGAAAGAGUGGAGGAAGGAAGGAAACUGGGAUAAUGAGAGGAGAAGAGUUAAUUGCCUUGCUAAAGCCCCUAUUAGGUUUAUCUAGACAAGGUGAUAGAUGGUGGGAGGGGUUGAUGCAAACUGUAAAGUUAACAAGCUAGUUUGCCUACAUUGUGCACAGAUCUUUCAGGCAUGAAAAAGGGUGCCCUUCCCCUUUCUCAUUAUCAAGACACUCACCCACCUUUCACUAUAGAGCUACAAAAUGCCCAAGUUCAGCUCAUCUGAAUGCUCCAGUCCUAAAUCAGAACCACAUUUCACUACAAAGUACAGCUGAGGCCCGUGGGUCUACCGUGUGUUUUGAGAAGGGGGGGUCCUUUCCUCCACUCUAGACCAUGCUAUACUCAUGCUGAGAGCUCUGAACAGCACUACAUGGCUCCUCUUCCAGCUGGGAAGCAGCCUUGAAUAAUAGGGUGAUGUUACGCUGCAAUGUUUUGUUACAGCCCCCAGUAGCAUUUUUAUUUAUUUAUGAAUGACAAUUCUUCCCACCAGAUAGCAAGACAGGAUCGUUGUUGCAGCCUCCCAGCCCUUCCCUUCCAUUAAUACUUUGCUCUCUCUUUUUCCCUCCUGCUGCAGGUAAAAAGUUCAAGUGCAAAAAAUCUGACCCCAGGUAGGUGCUUCCUGACCACCUUCUCUCGUCUUCAUCCCUGACCUCCCUCCUCCUCAAACGUUGUGCCCUUCAUCCCUAUUCACUUUUCCCUUUUCUGUGUCUUCAUCUCUGCAGCCUGUCGGACCCCAGGGCAUCGGGCAAGACUCCUAGUAAGUGUGACGUGGCCUUGGGAGGGAGGGAGGGAGGGAGGGAGGCACAGGGCAAGUUUGUGUGUGUAGGGCCUGUUUGUGUGUGUAGCCUUGUGCAAACCUAGCAGGGAACACAACCUCUCUCUCUAUUUUCAAUCUACUUAAAAGCAGACCAGGGGUCAGUGGUGGCUGGUGCAUUGGGACUGGUAGGAUAGGCAGUACGGAGGCCAACAGUAGGGGGCGCCAGAGACACCAAUAGGUGAAGCCAGAGCCAAUGACAAGCGAAGCCAACUAAUUCUCAUUUUAUCCUCAUCCUCUUCUCUGUUGUGUUCUACAAAUGCUACACUGAGACCAUAUCUUCCAGCACGGCAUGGCCUGAAUCUGGGACACCAUCUUCUGGGUCUCAAGCGAGUCACGUGACCUGCGUGAGAUUGCAGCCCCCUCCCAAAGCACUGUUUUCAGGCACAGCACCCAAAAACAUGAGUUUUGGGGUGCCUUGAAAUGCAAAUUCUGUGCGCCAUGCCCCAAAAUGGUGCAGCCUGAAAUAGUGCGAGAUCAUGAUGGCCACUUGGGCCACUGUCCUCUCGUAAGAAAAAAAGGGAUGUCCUGUUUUUUUCCAGGGCAGUUGACGGGUAUGUGAGACUAAGGAGGAGGAAGCUGACAGCCAGAGCCCUUCCCUGCCCCCCGGACUGGGUGCUAAGGCAGGCAGAAGGGGGCUGUCUGAGGUGCAGACUGAGGUUGGCAGGGCAGUGCCUCAUAUGUAUGCCCUAACAGACCAGCCUCCACUGCCAGGGGUCCACCUGAACCGCCAUAUUUUACCCAUAAGAGAGGUCACGUUUAUUAGACAUUCAUUCUGAUUUCUUCCCAGAGAGGUUAGACAACGUUGCUUCAAAAGCAGCCAUUACCUCAGUUUCCAGCGCAUCCCUUUCCUUACUGCAAAAAUAAAUUAAUAAAAAUAAAUAUUUUGGGGGGAGGGGGAAUGGGCCGAAUCCACUUCAAUGGUGCAAGCUGGAUUUGCCAGGAUGCGGUCAGACCCCUGUAAGAACAGCUACCGCCUCAAAGUGGCCAGGGUGUUUCGCCAAGGCGAAAACAGCCCCCCCCCCCGCCGCUGAUCUGUGUUUGCGCACAUGCGAAGGUGCCUGCUUCUCUGCCCCCUUCACCUUCGCCUUACGGAGGCAUUGAGGAAAUUGUGAGAGGGAGGGCGGCUUGAAGCUCCCACACCUGAGGUAACCUCCCGCCCACCUUCCGUUACCAUGGAGUUUGCUGACGUCGGAGGGGAUGCUGAGGACUCUAUGGUGACGCCAUGGCAACGGAGAGCACGAUUCCUGCAGCAGCUGGGAAGCCUACAGGGAGACAUUGUUUGCCAGGGCUCCCGAAUGCUAGGAUUCGUCUCUCUCCACCUUGCCACGGCCACUGCCACUCUUCUCUCAAACUCUCCCUCUCUCCUUCUGCUCCUUCUCUCUUCCAGCUCCAGCCGGUGGUGUGUAGGUGCCCUCGCAAAUCUCUGCUGCUCCCGACUGGCUGGGGGAUGAACUGCGCCCAGGAACAUUUCUCCUGAGACCUUGGCACCUUGGCACCGACUGCCCGGGAGGGGGAGGGGCUCUCCGUUCUAUCCUCGACAAGGGAGGGGCAAUUUUAUAACCAGUUAGCUCUUGCGCUUCCAUUGCAUGACGGGGGCGGGCACCUGGGUGGGGUUGGGGGCGCUACACAGGCCAUGAGGUAGCAAAGUCCCUCUGCCUGUCUAUUUCAGCUGGCACCCACCCCGCUGGGGGCUGGUUCCCAUAACCCCCAAAACAGGGUCCCUUUAAACUGCAAUAACGCUGCCUGCUGCCACCCUCUGGGUAACACCCACCCCAUGCCACACCACGCCCCCCCCCCCCAGCGAUGCCCCCUUGCUUCUGGGCAUAUUAACCACCCCAUAGCUGCUGCUGCUUUGCUUUCUGUGCCUCCCGCUACGCUGUAAGGAAAAAAAGAAGAAGUCCAGUGACCAUGAUAGCCACAAGGGGGACGGGGAUUCUACCCAAGAGCCAAUCUGCCCCAGUGCUAGAAACCAGGACGCUUUUUUGGGGUGGGGUGGUGGUGUUGGGCCACCUGUGAAGCCAAGGAUAGGGCCAGCCGAAGGAAUAAAAAGGAGCGAGGGAGGGCUUGCUUUUGUGGCAUACACUCCACUUCCCCCAGGGGGCGCUGCUCACAGCUUCUCCUUGCUGUACCAUCCACAUCUCCGUGUCUCUCAUCCAAGCAUGGAGCAAACUUUGACCAAUCAAUAAACGUGGGUUGUUUUUUUCUAACUA